CUCGAGGGUGCCUCCAGUUCCACCUCAUCCGUCUCCACGAGUGUCUCUCGUCUCGACCGCAGCCCGCAGGCGCGUCGCCAGCCGUUCGAUCGCGCUCGGGCGGCCGCGAUCCCCUCCCCUCAUGGUCCGCGGCCAUGCCCCUCGCCUCUUCCUCCUCGCCGGCGGCGGCGGCGGCUGCAGCCGCUCUACGCAGCGCCUCCCCGCCUUGCCGCUCGACCACCCACAUUUUCUUCAAGCACAAGCUCAACUUCCCGGUGGCUUUCCAGGCUCAACAUGUGAAAUGUGCUCCCCAUUUGAUCAGAUCUUUUGUUAAGAGUAUCAGAUCAAAUAACUCUAAUGGUGAUAAUGGAAUGACUGAGCCUGCUAGGGAACUGUUGGAGCGGCUGUUCGUGAAGACGCAAAGUCUAGAUCCUAGUGGUUCUCAGGGUAGUGAGCUGAGCAUGAGCAUCGAGGUCCUGAAAUCUGAAUUUGAGGCUGCCUUGUCAAUCCUAAGGAAGAAAGAGAGGGAUCUUCGGGAUGCAGAGAGGAAGGUUUCUGUCGAUCGGUUAAGGUUGAACCAGACAAAGCAGGACCUCGAUCAGAGGGAGGAAGACAUCAUCAAAGCAUAUGCUAGGCAACAUGAAAUGGAGAAAGCACUGAUGAAGGCGAGUAGGGAUUUGACUUUACAAGUUAGGCAGAUCAAUAAUCUGAAGCUUCUAGUCAAGGAACAGGACAAGAAAAUUGUCAGUUCACAAGCUGCACUUUCUCAGAAGGUGAAUGAAGUGGAUAAGCUUAGACAGGAUAUUCUGAAGAAGAAUGAGGAAGCAAGAUUGAUGCGUUCAGAGAUCAAGUCCAAGGAACAACAACUUCAUGCAGCUAAUCAGGCCUUUUCACAGCAAGAAGCAACAAUUGCGGAUCUCCAAAGUGAAAUUAAAAGGAAGGAGAUCGAGAUUGCCAGAUCAAAUGAAUUGAGGAGAACUAAUGAACAGAAACUGAAAGUUGCUGAACAGGAACUUGAAAAGCAGAACUUCGGAUGGAUAGCAGCACAGCAAGAGUUAAAAGAACUGGCGCAACUGGCAUCCAAGGAUAAAAAUAAUAUCAAGGAUACUCUCAAUGACUUCAAACAUGUGAGGUCUUUGCUGGAUGUUGUACGUUCUGAACUAAUAGCUUCAAAAGAGGCUUUCAACUACUCUCGCAGGCAAAUAGAAGAUCAAGCAUCACAGUUGAAUAAGCAAAUGCAGGAACUCACGGAUCAAAGAGCAUUGCUUAGUUCUUAUAGUCAGAAUUUAGAAGCUGCCCAACUUGAGAUUCAAGGAAAGGCAAAGGAGCUCAAUGCUGCUCGUCGUCGCUGUAGUGAACUUGAAUCACAGUUACUUAAUGAAAUGGAGAAGGUGGAGUCUCUAGAAGCUGUGUUAACGAAAGAAAGGGAGAGCUUGGAACAGAAAACUAAGGAAGUAAAUUUGCUCCAAGCGGAGCUUGUUCAGAAGGAAAAUGAGUACUGUAAUUCACAAAAUCUUGUUCAAACAAAAGAGUCUGAGUUGUUAGAAGCCAGACAUGAAGUCGAGGAUAUGAAAAUAAAGAUGGACUCUAUCCAAUUAGCCAUUCAAGAGAAGGAUUCAGAUCUUUUGGAGACACAGCAAAGACUAGCUGAAGUUAACAGUGAAGUUGUUGAACUUACGCAGCUGAUAGAUAGCAAGGAUGAUCAACUUGUUCAAGUUAGAACUGAAUUACAGGAUAAAGAAAAAUGCAUACAAAUAAUGCAGGAUGAAUUGGAUAAGAUGAAACUUGGACGGUCACAAGCUGAAUUGGUGGUGCAAAAGAUAGUUGAGCUCACUGGCAAUCUUAUUGGUUCUGUAGAAGGUGGGGAAUUUGACAUUUAUACCUUGCUUGAUGAUGAACUUUCAAGCACAAGUACAGCACUUGAGUCCAAUUUGUAUAAACAUAAUCAACUGGAGGCUGACAUCGAUAUGUUAAGAGAAUCCUUGCAACAGAAGGACAUGGACUUAAAAGCUUCUUAUAAAGCACUUGAUGCCAAAGAUCAAGAGCUCAAGGCAGUACUUAGAAGGUCGGUUGUGAGGGACAAGGAACUAGACAAGUUGGCAGAGUUAUCAAAAGAUCCUAAUGACAUCAGGAGACUCUGUAGCCUUACUGAUGAGGCAACGGAAGACAACAACGUGGAAGCUGCGGAGGUGAAGGCACUAGCUGCUACUACUACAUUGAAGAAGCUUUUGGACAUGACUAAGAAAUUCUUCAUGAGUGAAAAAACUGAUUCUGGUUCUAAUUUUCUUGCAUCUAGAAAUGCAAACAUUGGUGAAGGUGCUUCUAAAAUGGAACAGAAGAAGAAAAUGAGUGUGAUUUUUGAAGCUGAAAAGGAAAUUGCUGGGCUAUUUUCUUUGACAGAAGAGCUCGUCAGUGAUGCUGGAAUAAAUGGUGCCAUAGCGCCAGAACUGAAUUAUAAUCAAAUUGAAAUCCUGCAUGAGGAAAACAAUGUAGGUUGACUAGAACAGUUCAGCUGAAAUUAUUGACUUCAGUUUCUUUUCGUUGUUGGCCGCAAGCCUUCUUUCUGUUCUUUCCAUCACGUGGAUGUAAAGUCAGAAAAAUCGCAUAGGUUGUUCAGCUUCAUGUGGAAAAAUGGGGGGCAGUGAUGUUGAUAGAGCUCUUGAUGUUUCCAUCGUAUAUUGCAGGUGCAGCUGCUGCAAAUCUUGAAAAAAGAACUGGUAAGAAGUGCAUCAUCAGCUGAUUAUUGCAUGGUUUGUACUAUGAGCAGCAAAGAAAGGGCAGAAAGGUUGUAAACGUGUUCUGAUAAUGAUGUUUUUUUUUUUUGGGUUACUGCUGAACACUUUCUCAUGCAUUUUCUUGUUUUCUGUAUACUAGUUGAAUGUGAUCAGCAGGCUGUGAGGCCAUCAGUAAUGGAAAUGUUUGUUUGGACA